GAGCACGUGACCAGUGACAUCACAGCCCUCCUUCUAACGACUCCACUCUAGCAUGUUCCCUACUCCUGGGGCUGAACACACAUGGCGCACGAUAUGACUGAGGCAGAGUUUUCUCCUUCAGUCCUGGGAACUAAAGAGCACUGGGACACCGUUUACAGUCGUGAACUGAAGACCUUCCAAGAGUACGGCGAUGAAGGCGAGAUCUGGUUUGGAGAAGGUAGUAUGACCCGGGUUGUGCGAUGGUUGAAUGCACAGAACAUACCGCUGACGACCUCCAUAGUGGACAUAGGCACUGGGAAUGGCAUGUUACUGGUGGAAUUGGCAAAGUCGGGGUUCAGCAGUCUCCUGGGUAUUGAUUACUGUGCAGAUGCCGUCGCGCUUGCAAGAAACAUAUGUGAAAGGGAAGGAGUGUCUCAGAGUGUAAAUCUACAGGUUGCAGAUUUCCUCGGCUCCUUCAGUCCUGCAGAACAGUUUGACAUAGGCCUGGACAAAGGCACCUUUGAUGCAGUGAGUCUGGAUCCCAGCGGUUCUGAAGAAAAACGUAGGCAGUAUCUACAGUCGCUCUGCCGGGUUUUAAAGCCAAAUGGCAUUUUCAUCAUUACUUCGUGCAACUGGACCAAAGAUGAGCUGCUGGAACAGUUCGGAAACGACUUUCCGCAGGCUUGUGAUCCAAACCUGGAUAAGCUUGAGAAAGGUCCCGUGAUAGGACUGAAACGUUGCUGAGACACGGGUGAAUACACUUUUACACGGUUAUUCAAGAGUUUGAAGUUACAGAUGAACUGCCCACACCGUCCUUUAGUUUUGGUGGACUCUCAGGUCGCAGCGUCACAGCAUUGGUGUUCAAGAGGAGGACUAUUCCUAAAUCAUGACCAUGGAAAGAUCAUUACCUGGAUUGGAAAUUAUAUCCUGUUGACUCGCGCAGUAUGGAGGAGGAAAUGGUAUUACACAGGAGACAACUGGGAAUGAGUGCAUCAUACUCCAUAUGGACAGUAAGCUUAUUGUGGAGAAGAUACGUAAUAUUGAGGUCCGUCUGCUGGAACCAUUUGGAUGAUCUUGAUUUUAUUACGGAUGCAAAAUAAAUAAUUUGUACAUUA